AAAAUGACAACUAAAGUGACAAUAUUGUGAAGGUGGUUUAUGUCAGUCUUUAUUUUCCAGAAAUAAUUCAUAAAUGCGAAUGUUUUUGUGCAAUUUUUCAACGAUUCAAUAAUUUAACCGUUAAUUUUUCCAAGUGAAAUCAAUACAAUCUCAUUUAGAUUUUCGAUAUUUCGUAAAGACACUCUAUUUUCAUCGCCAAACGACCUUGUCAGGUAAAAAUAAAAUUAUGAAAGGUAUUUGCAUUUUUAAGUAGAACGACUGAAACAAAAAUAACAAAAAAUCUGGAUCUCUUCUAUGGUUUUUCGGAAAUAUUUGUAUUGUGUGGGGUAAUACUCGAUUCAUCAUCUGUUUAUUAUGGUUAAAAUUGACCUGAUACCCUUAUUAUGGCUGAGGAUACUUCUGGAAGGCCACCCCAAAAACAAUACGAUUAUUUGUUGAAAUUCUUGCUAGUUGGUGAUUCUGAUGUUGGAAAGCAAGAAAUACUCUCUGAACUAGAUGAUGGGUCCUCAGAAUCCCCCUUCUGUGGCCACAGCGGUAGGUCUUAUAAAACCACUACUAUAUUGCUCGAUGGGAAGAGAGUCAAAUUACAACUUUGGGACACUUCAGGACAAGGGCGUUUUUGUACAAUCAUUCGCUCAUAUUCCAGAGGUGCCCAAGGAGUUUUAUUAGUAUAUGACAUUACUAACAGAUGGUCUUUUGAUGGCCUUGACAGAUGGCUGAAAGAAGUAGAUGAGCAUGCCCCAGGGGUUCCUAAAGUUUUAGUGGGCAACCGUCUACAUUUAGCUUUCAAACGAAAAGUUGGAGAAAGAGAUGCCCGAAUAUAUGCUAGUAAACACAGUAUGGCCUUUUUUGAGGUAUCUCCUCUCUGUAAUUUUAACAUCCAUGAAAGUUUCUGCGAGCUGUCAAGGAUGGCAUUGCAGAGGAACGGAAUGGAGAGAUUGUGGAGGUCUAAUAAAGUUCUCAGUCUGCAGGAGCUAUGUUGUCGUGCCAUUGUUGCUCGUACAACGGUCUACAGCAUUGAGCAGUUGCCGUUACCAACAUGUGUUAAGUCCCAUUUGAAAUCUUACUCCCUGACAAACAUUUCGACUCAGCUAAAGUAUACCCAUAGUACAAGAAAGGGUAACGGAAAAAAGAUAAAGUUUGUCAGCACCCCUACCUCGCCUGGUUCGGAUUCUAGUAGAACUAGUUGUGUGCCCCGGAACUCAUGUACUAUAUCCUGAUGUUUUCGCGAAUUUAAAACAAAGUGUGAUAAAAUAUCUCGGACUUUUUGUCCCCAAGUUUAAACCAAGGAUUUUUGUAGGAGAGUAAAGAAAAUUAAAUGUGAAUCUGACUGUAUCUUAAUUUUUUAUUGGGCGGUAACAUAUUCGAUGUUAAAAUUGAUGUACUUUUCUGGAUUUGCUUUUGUUAUAUUUUCGACACUGAUACCGUCCUUUGAAACUUUUUAACUUAGAAUUGACUUAAUUCUUUUUUUUUUCAAUGGCAGUUUUUAACCGUCCAUCUCUUGUAAAUAUAUCAUGUAAAUUAUUAUCGAAGCAUUUUAUCCAUUUUUUUUUUAUAAUGCUUGUUAGUCAGUAUUUAUUUUAAUCAUAAGCAUCUGAUUAUAAUUUCUGUAACAUAUUUAGCAAUAACACAAAAAUUCAUGUAUAUAUUACACCCAAAACAAGGAGUUUGAUAUUUUCACAGCUUGAAUUAACAAUGUGGUAAAUUAUUAUUUGAGCUGUAUUUUUUCAGUACCACUUCGAAUAAAAGUGAUUUUUGGA